GAACGAUCAUCUAGGGUGCACACUUUUCGAUGACGUAGUUCGCAACGCAAGAAGUACACAACUCUUCACUACAAUUUUUGCAGGAAAUUUAACUUGGCAGGUUUUGUUUGUAAAACAAGCAACCUGUCUACACCAUGCCAGCCAUCAAACUGAAGAAAAAAGCACAGGAAUAUCUGGAGGAAAAGAAAAGGGAAAAGGAGGCUCAAGAAGCAGCCACUUCAGCAAAGAACCCCGCCUCUACUGCUGCCACCCCCACCCCCACCCCAAAGAAAAAGAAGGAAGCCCGUCCUCCACAAACGCCACCAGCUUAUCUCAAUGAAAAUGACAUUCUGUUUGAGAAACGCAAAAGGACAAUUCCACUUGUGGAACAAAAGUGUCAAGACUGGAUUAUGGACAAUUUUGAGGUUAAAGAUGAUGUUCAUGUGAGCACAAACAAGAUGUACGAGUACUACACAGAAUCUGUCCUACAAGAUUCAGGCAAUGUUGCAGAUGUAGGAUUAUUUAACAGGUUAGUUCGGGAGAAACUAGGAAAAUGCUUCGGGGUGAAAAUGAUGUCCCCACUGCACGGAAUAAUCAAAGAAACCCAGCCCCGAGAGAAGAAGGUGCAAGGAGAGACGCUCAGUCUUAAAAUGAAGGACAUUCUGAAUGAAGUCAUUAUUGGGGUUGGAAAUCCUAACAAAGGUGUGCGAUUCUUCAGUCUGAAGCAGCUGAUCGGAUCUAAGUACCCCGCCCUACAGGUGGAGUCGUACCCUAACAAGCUGCUGAACGCCCUGGACAGAGGCAUCAGAUACGGCACCAUCAUUUUGGUAAAAGGAUCUGGAAAGUGUGGAUUUUAUAGAGUCCCUGGUGAGAGCACAGCAGAGGAGGAUAAACCAAAACCAAAAACAAAGAAAAACAAAGGUGAAGUUGAAGAUGAGAAGAAAGAAAAUGGAGAUACAGCUGAGGGUAGUGAGGCCACAGAAGGGGGAGAAAAAGAGACAUCUAAAAAGAAAGGGAAAAAGAGGAAGUCCGAGGAAGCUGGAGAGAGUUCUGAAGAAAAAGGAGAGAAAAGUACAACUGAAGAAAAGGAGGGUGAAGAUGCUAAAACACCAAAAAAGAAAGGGAGAAAGAGGAAAUCUGGAGGAGAAGUGGAGAGUUCCGCUGAGGGAGGGGAAGACAGUCCAAAGGCAGAAGGAGAAGAAGACGACAAGGCAGCUAAAAAGAAAAAAAGGAAAAGGGGUAAACCUGCCCCCAGGAACAGUUACAGAGGAGAGGCAGCUAAACAUGGAGAUCCUUCUAAAAUUGAGGACAUUUUCCCAAUGGCUUUGACGUACAUGAGUGAUCCCAAAGAAACACCUUUGAAAAAGAUCAUCAAAUAUAUAGACAAAUUCUACCCAGAAGUGAACAUAGAUGCCAGCUUAAAAAAGGCCUUGGAUAAGGGUGAAUCAAAGGAAAUGUGGCAGCAUUUAAGUGGGAACUUCUACCGACUCUUGCUGGAGGAAUUCAAUCCAGGAUACUCUAAUGAUAUUGAAGACAUGAUAAGCCAAGCCAUCAUUGCUUCUCAUGAACCAAAAACUGCAUCAGGACUAAUGAUUAAAAAGUACAUUCUACAGUAUCAUCAGAACUUUAAAAUUGACGAAAGACCACAUUUGUUCAAAAAAGCUCUUGAGCGGGCAAUAUCCAAGAAUAUUAUCAGGCAAGUGUCAGGUCUUGGGAGUGGUGGGUCGUUCCAGCUUGUUAAGCCCUUUGUGCCUUCCCCAGCAAUCUUAGCAGGUGAGCUAGAGGACGAAGCCGAAUAUCUGAGUAGCGCUCCCAUGGAUGAUGGGCCGGACGAGAUUUACAUCGUCCGCAAGACAAAAUCGGGGCGAGGGCAGGGAAAGGGAACAAAGGAUCGUAAACCCCCGGCCACCAGAAAGUAAAAACGUUCAUCUAGAGGCCGCUGUAUUUAGUUCUGAUGUCACCCCUGUACCAUGUUGAUCAUGUGACCAUAGAUUUUGAUUUUAUGCAUUACACAUAUAAUUAUGAGAAACAUUUUAUUUGUUGUUAUGGUUGUCAGAAGAGUAGCAAUCAUUGUAUCCGUUAUUUUGCUUUUAUUGUCAUAAAAUUUUAUAUGUUGUUCAUAGUAUGUCAUUAUAUUGAUAAGAUUUAUGCCAAAGUACUUGAAGAUUAUGUUAGAAAGACAAGUGAAGAUUUUGUGAAUAAUUCUAACAUGAUACACUGAGGAAUGAAGCUGGAUGCUUUAUAUACAGAUCAUUUUUAUAUUCUUUAGCAUUUAGAAUUUAAAUGUUUACCUGGCAGUGCAUUUAAUUUCUAUAAAAAAUGACAGAUUUUUACAAAACAAAUUCUGAUUAACCAGAAUUAUGUAGAAACUUGUAUGGGAAUAUUGUGUAGUGUGUCUCUUGAAGAGUUCCAGGAAGUUCAUUUUUCAGGAAACUGUGCAAUAUUAAAAUUUAAUGUUUAACAGAAUGACAAUGUUUUCGUUUCAUUACAUAAGAUACUGAAGUGUAGAAACAGUCACUAAUGAUCUGAAACAUUUCAUAUUUUUGUUCUGUAAAUUCCAGAAACUAAAUCUGGCUUGUAUUGAGUUAGCUCACUGUUGCAGAUCUCUACAUUAAAAUCUUGUUCAUUUGGAAGAACUCAUCAUCAUUAAUCCUUAAUUACAUGUAUGAAAGAAAUACAUUAAAGGCAGCAUGUAUGGUUAUGUAAACAGUACUUUAACUUCUAUGUAGUAACCUCACCAAUAUGGGAUGCUUUGUUUGCAUUCAUUUAAUGCAUCAUUAUUUUUCUUACUCUGGGUAAUAAAUCAGAUUUUUGAAACAUUUCAACUUCAGUUUAAAACCAGUAUUAAGAAAUGCAUGGGCAGUCUAUAGUAUGAUAGUUUUAAAUAUUAAUACAAAUUGGUUUUUUUUGCCAACAUGUUUUGAAAACAUGUGACUGACAUUAUUUGAAUAUAAAGUUUCUUUUUUGAUUUCUUUUAUACACAACAGGUUUGUUUUCUUAUAUUUUUUCUUGAAUCCAUGCUUGUUAAGUGUUAACACAUGUACACAUUUUGCUAAAGAGAAAAGUGAUAUGUACAUGCACUAUCGUUGGUUCUAAGUAAUUAUUUUGUACUGGUAAAUGUAGUUUGCACAUUGAAGAAUCUUUUUGUUUUGCACUAGUUUUAAUACAUACUUUUUGCUUUCUUUUAUGUGCAUAUAAAUGUUGUUUUUCCAUCUGACAUGAAAUCAUGGUGAAGUAAACAAAUUAUUUACAAUAUCUGUGUAAAUGCCUUGUAGAAAAUUAAAGAAACUGUACAUUGUA